UAAAUUCAAACACAAUUCACGAUUCCACCAUUCUUAGACGUUGCCGUAUCGCUUCCAAGAUGUUGCUCAGAAUCCGCAGCCGGGACGGCCUCGAACGGGUCCAAGUCGGCGGCCCUCACAUAUCAAUCUUCCAAUUGAAAACGCUUAUCCAAUCCCAACUCCAAGUCCCCAUCCAAAACCAAUUCCUUUCCACCGAUCGGAAUAUUCUUCUUGUUAAAAUCCCCGCCGACCUCCUCCGCUUCUCCGACAUGGCCGACCCUUCGGCCCCGCUCUCCGCAUUGAACCUCUCCCACGGCUCCGUUGUUUUUCUCUACUAUCAGGGCGAACGCAACGUCCGCGGUGGACCCGCCGUUACCCCAGCCGGAUCGUUCGGACGUAAGAUGACAAUGGACGACCUCAUUGCUAAACAGACACGGAUCACCCGCCAGGAAUCCCCUCAUUGCGACUCCGUUUCCUUUGACCGCGAUUCCGCUAACGCUUUCCAACAGUACGUCAAUGAAACACUGGCGUUCGCUGUGAAACGCGGCGGGUUCAUGUACGGCACCGUCUCGGAAGAAGGUAGGUUAGAAGUUGAUUUCAUUUACGAGCCGCCUCAACAAGGAUUGGAUGAUAAUCUGAUUCUAUUAAGGGAUCAGGAGGAGGAGAACAUGGUUGAUGCCAUUGCGGCUGGGUUAGGGAGGAAGAGGGUGGGGUUUAUUUUUACCCAGACGGUAAUGCAGGUUAAGAAAGACUACAAUUUUUCGAACAAGGAGGUUCUACAGGCGGCCGAGCUUCACGCCGAGAGUGCGCAGAAGAAGUGGGUGACCGUGGUGGUGAAGCUGGAAGCCAAUGAAGAUGGGGGUGCGGAUGUACAUUUUGAGGCUUUUCAAAUGAGUGAUAUGUGCGUUAAGUUAUUCAAAGAAGGAUGGUUUGUGACUGAGUUCGGAGAGAAUGAUGACCCGAAGCUUUCGAAGAUGAAGAAAGCUGUGGUGGUCGGCGGGAAGGAUGUUGAGGAGGUUGAUAAUGAUUUCUUCUUGGUGGUGGUGAAGAUUUUAGACCAUCAGGGUCCUCUGUCAUCAACCUUUCCCAUCGAGAAUCGGAACAACCUGGUGACGGUGAGGAUUCUUAAGAAUCAUCUAGAUAGGAUGAAGAGUGUUCCGUUCCUGAAGAGAAUUUCGGAUUUCCAUUUGCUACUGUUUCUAGCCUUGUCACAGGGGCUUGGUUCAGAUAUCCCAGCACUUGCAGAGUGUGUUAGCAAAGGAACACCGGUCUCGGAAGGUUAUCAGCUCCUAAUUGAGUCGAUGGCCAACACAGCUUAAUGUCACUUGCUACUUUAUU